AUGGUAUUUCGUUUCCUAAUCAGAUUAUUAGCUAACAAUGAACACUUGGUGCAAAAACUUAGCGAAUCGUAUCCGAUGCGUAGAGCUGCACAGUUAGUAGUAAGAGUAAUGUUUUCUGGAAAAAACUUCAUAGAAGAGCAGCGACUCCAUGAAAAACUAAACCCUGAACAGUUUAGAGCUCUAAUGAGGGACGUAAGUGCCAAUUUUCAAAAUCGAAUCAAGGAUGCUCACGAUACCAUUCGAAAGAAAAUGAAAUAGUAUCAAUACCUACUUAUCUUAAAUUUUUAGUAAUAAUCUUGUUGGAUUUAUUUAUUUAAAAAUGUAUUGAUUUAUUGCUACUUUUUUUUACAAAAUUAUGUAUCAAUAAAAUUUUAAACUUG